GAGCAGCGCAGGCGCGGGGCGGGCUGAGGAACCCCGUCUGCUGGCCGCCCCACAGAGGAGAAGCGCUUCCUCUUGCACUCUGGGUCACCGAUGAGUAAAUAAACCCAUAGCAGAGCCGUGGUGUGGGGCUGGCCGAGCCUCACUUCCCCCGCUCCUGCCCCUGAGCAGUUGGGGUCUCUCGGCCCCUCCACCACGCUCCCCAUGUUCUGCUGCAGCCCCAGCCCUGCUCGCUCCCCUCCCAGCCGGGCCCUUCGGCUGUUGCCGCAUCCCCUCCAUCUGGGGCAAAGUCCCCCCGGCUCCGUCGGCAGUCCUUCCUCAUUUCCUUCCUCCUCGCAUCCCUCCAGCCAUCCCAUCCGUCCCUCCGCACCGCGCUUACCGGCAGGGUCUGCGGGAUGGGGCUCCCCGCGCGGCUCUUCUUGGAGAUGGAGGGGGUCUUCAUCAACUCACGCUUCUUCCGGGAGAACAUGGCUAUAGGGCGGCCCUGGGGGGGCCCCGCGCUGCCAGCACCGCUCUGCUACCCCUCCGGCAGCAUUCGCUGGGGCCAACUGUCAGCGCAGCGCAUGUGACGCCGCCUUAUUUCCUCAUUGGGUUCGCAGGCAAAGCUGAAACAGGAAAAGCCAAAUGUGCGGCGAGGACACGAGGCCGGGAGGAAGGGGGUCUCCGGCCGCCCCCCCCCCCCGCCUCCCGGUGCCGUGCGGGGCUCAGCGUGCGGGUGCCGGGCUUUCCUCGUGGAGUUUUGCGGCCCAGGGAGGACGGAUUCCCCGGGCGCGGGGCUGUGGGGCCGUCAGGUCCCUCUGUUAACUGAUGGAUGCGCAGUGCAGGGUUGUGGGGCUCCAGCGCUCGGCUCAGCCCGGCCCGGCCCCGCUCUCACCGCGGGUCCCCGCCCACACCUGUGGGCCCCCCCUCCCCAGGACCCCACCCACGACGCCCCCACCCGCAGCACAACGCAGCCGUGCAGCCCUCGGUCACCUUCCGCAAGCUCGCCCAGAAGUACGACCCACAGAAGGAGGCUGAGCUGCGGACGUGGAUCGAAAGCGUCACCGGGCGGCAGAUCGGGGCUGACUUCCAGAAGGGGCUGAAGGAUGGGGUCAUCCUCUGCGAGCUGAUGAACAAAUUGCAGCCCAACUCGGUGAGGAAGAUCAACCGCUCGGCACUGAACUGGCACCAGCUCGAGAACCUCUCCAACUUCAUCAAGGCCAUGGUCAGCUACGGCAUGAACCCCGUGGACCUCUUCGAAGCCAACGACCUCUUUGAGAGUGGGAACCUGACACAGGUGCAGGUGUCACUGCUGGCACUGGCGGGCAUGGCCAAAACCAAAGGGCUGCAGAGCGGUGUGGACAUCGGUGUGAAAUACUCGGAGCGGCAGCAACGAAACUUUGAUGAGGCCAAGAUGAAGGCUGGGCAAUGCGUGAUCGGGCUGCAGAUGGGCACCAAUAAGUGUGCCAGCCAGUCUGGCAUGACGGCCUAUGGCACCAGGAGGCACCUCUACGACCCCAAGAACCAGAUCCUGCCUCCCAUGGACCACUCCACCAUCAGCCUGCAGAUGGGCACCAACAAAUGUGCCAGCCAGGUGGGCAUGACAGCACCCGGCACCCGGCGGCACAUCUACGACGCCAAGAUGGGGCUGGAGAAGUGCGACAACUCCUCCAUGUCACUGCAGAUGGGCUCCAACCAGGGUGCCAACCAGAGCGGGCAGGUCUUCGGUUUGGGCCGCCAGAUCUACGACCCCAAAUACUGCCCACAGGGCACCCCGGGGGACGCAGCCAACGCCGCCGGAGAGCCGGGCGCCGACCCCCCCGGGUACCACUAUUACCACCAGGAGGAGAGCUGCUGAGCAGGGCUGUCCCCAUGCGGUCCCCCUCGCAGCCACAUUCCGGCCUCAAUUCAUCAUUCCCUCUUUUUAAACUUCAUGGUUUGGUUGUUUUUUUUUUCUCUUUUUUAAGUAACGUUAAAAGGAAUCUAUUUUUCUGGGAAGGGACUUGGCCGUGCUGCAGCCCUGCAGCUUUGCCCACCCCCUUGUCCUGUGCUGGAAGGGUCCGGGGCUGUGGGCAUCCCACGUUCUCCUAUCAUUCCCUAAAAGCAAAGCUGGAAGUGCUGUUUUUUGGAGGACUCUUGGGACCAAUGUUUCAGAUCCCAUCUCAGCUGGGUGCCCCCGCACUGUGGGGCGAUGCUGCGUGAGGUGGGGGCAGCCUCGGGCCGGGCAGGGGGCUUCUUCCAACCACGUGGGGUUUUUAAUGCAGAUGCUCUUAUAUUGAAAGCUUCUUUUUUUUUUUUAAAAAAAAAAAAAAAAAAGGAAGGAAAAAAAGAGAAGAAACAGAAGGAAUCGA